AUGCAGACUUUCCUGUUGGGGCGCAUAGGAGGUACCGCGCUGUGCCAUAGGCGACUCUUUCAAAGUACGGCGGCCGCUGGUGCUGGAACCAGCACCGCCGCGGCUGUGAACACCAGCCGUCUCUCGGACAGCGGUGCAAAGGCGUCUGAGUUGUCAGACACGUUGUUGCACACCCAGCAGCUCUACAAAUCGUUUCACAAGGGCCGGGGUACGACUCCGAUCCCCAAGUCGUACAAGGAGCCCAGGGCUGGUUCCCGCGUCGCUCCUGCUAGCGAGGCCGAUGCCGCUUCAUCUGCAGCUGCCGCAGCGGAAGCGCCGCCGCCGCUGUUGGGUGCGCGCUCGUCCUGCACCGAGGACGCCGGCCCCGUUCCCCAGCGGGGACUUUCGCCGCUUCAGAAACGGCAGCUGCAAUUUCGCAAUAAGGCUGCCUUUGUCCUUACCCCACAAGCUCUCCGGCGUGUCAAGUACCUCCUCGGGCAGUACGCGACAGCGCACUCGGCCGCGGCGGCCAAGUUGCCGUUGACCAGCGACGCAUCUGAUGAGGUCCCUUCUGGGAUUCGCAUCGGUGUGCGGCGGCGCGGCUGCAGUGGGUACAGCUACACGGUGAACUACCACUUUGACUCGGCGCAGCGUAGCGGCGAGGGUGCGACCCCAUCGCGCAAGAUGGCCGGCUUGAUGGAGGACUUGGCUGUGGAGCAGGAUGGUGUCAAGGUUGUCGUGGACGCUGAUGCGCAGUUCUACGUGAUUGGCACGGAGAUGGACUACGUCGUAACCAACGUGGAGGAGAAGUUCACCUUCAAGAAUCCAAAUCAGAAGUACAGCUGCGGCUGCGGGGAGAGCUUCAUGCCGUAUGACGCGGAUGACAUGGACACCGGGUAG